GGAGCUAUUCGAACGAAUCCUUUCUAUUACAGAGUUGAUGGACUAUCGCCGGCUGCUCAUCGCGGCGACUGAGAUCGUGCUCUCCAGCGAUCACCGCGCCGAUGGCAGCGCUCCUCUGAAUUCCGCCGAGCUCGGGGUCUCUGGAGUCCUGAAGCCCCACCAGAUCGAGGGCGUCUCCUGGCUCAUCCGCCGUUACGAGCUUGGCGUCAACGGCUUGCUUGGAGACGAGAUGGGCCUUGGAAAGACUGUUCAGGCUAUUGCUUUCUUGAAUUAUCUCAAGAUGCAGAACAUUUCUCCUGGUCCUUUCUUGGUACUGUGUCCUCUAAGCAUCACAGAUGGUUGGUUCUCAGAAUUCAAUAAAUUCUGCCAAAACUUGAAGGUUCUUCAAUAUGUUGGUGAUAAAGAACAUCGUCGUGCUCUUCGAAGGAUCAUGCAUGAACACUUGCAAAAGCAAUCUGCACUGUCUGCUUUAAACUUUGAUGUGUUGUUGACAACUUAUGAGAUGGCUCUAUUGGAUCAAGAUUUCCUCUCACAAAUUCCCUGGCAUUAUGCUGUCAUUGAUGAGGCUCAACGACUAAAAAAUCCUUCAAGUCCAGGUCAAAAUUUGGAAAAAGCUAAAGAACAAUUUAAAAUUUUGAAACAUGUGCUCAAAGCAUUUAUGCUUCGGAGGACAAAAGCAAUGCUUAUUGAGAGAGGAACCCUGACGCUGCCCCCACUUACAGAGAUUACCGUAUUGGUGCCAUUUGUGUCCCUGCAAAGAAAGGUCUACAUGUCAAUACUGAGGAGGGAGCUUCCUGCACUGCUUUCACUCUCAUCCGGGGCUUACACUCAUCAGUCUUUACAAAACAUUGUGAUGCAGCUCCGCAAAGUAUGUAGUCACCCGUACUUGUUUAAUGGAAUUGAGCCAGAACCAUAUGUGGAAGGUGAACAUCUAGUUCAGGCAAGCGGUAAACUUAUUGCUCUGGAUCUACUACUUAAGAAACUUCAUGCUGAUGGCCACCGUGUUCUUAUUUUUGCUCAAAUGACUCAUACCCUUGACAUUUUACAGGAUUUUCUGGAACUGCGCAAGUACACCUAUGAGCGCCUUGAUGGAUCCGUCCGUGCGGAGGAGCGUUUUGUUGCAAUAAGGAACUUCAGUCUUAACCUCACUGGUGAUGUCAUCGAACCUCAGGCUAAACUUAAUGGUGCUUUUGUUUUCAUUAUCUCAACCAGAGCAGGUGGUGUUGGACUUAAUCUUGUGGCCGCGGAUACUGUUAUAUUUUAUGAGCAAGACUGGAAUCCCCAGGUUGACAAACAGGCUUUGCAGCGUUCCCACCGCAUUGGUCAAAUUAAUCAUGUGCUAUCUAUAAAUCUUGUAACGCAAAACACAAUAGAGGAGGUCAUUAUGAGGAGAGCUGUGAAGAAAUUGCAGCUCAGCAACAGUGUUAUGGGGACAGAAGUUGAGUGCAAUAAGGCAGGGAAUGAUGCCUUGAUUGAAGCUGGCGAUAUGCGAUCUCUUAUUCGUGGUUUACAAGUCUUUGACCCCGUAGAUAAUAAUGCCAACAAUUUGAAUGUGGAUAACUUGGUAGAAUUGAGUACAAUGACAGAAAAAGUAGUUCAGAUGCGCAAUUCUGAGCUGUUAAACAAGGAUGAUUGCAUAUUUGAAAUUAAUCCCUCAGAUGUUUUGAGUGAUUGUCUUUCUGCUAGGAAAAAGGCCUCUUCAUUCAAUUUUGACGUUGGACUUGAUGAAGUCUCUUAUCUAUCUUGGAUUGAGAAAUUAAAAAAAGUUGCACCAGCUACCCAGGAAACUAAUGAGGAAUUUCGAAAGAGGAAACAUUUGUCCGAAGAAAGGCUGGUAAAACAAGAAGCAGAUAGAAGGAAGGCAGAAGAGAAGAAAGUGGCCAAAUGGGAAGCCCUUGGUUACCACUCAUUAUCUGUUUAUGAGCCUGAUGUCACAGUCGAGAAUGACUUAAUCUCAGAUUCUGGAUCAGUUCAAUUUGUGUAUGGUGAUUGUACUAAACCUAGCAGUGUUUGUCCCACAGAACCUGCAAUUAUAUUCAGCUGUGUGGAUAAUUCGGGGAACUGGGGUCAUGGAGGCAUGUUUACUGCAUUGGCAAAUCUUUCAGCAAGCAUUCCAGAUGCUUAUCAUCGGGCAUCUGAAUUUGGAGAUCUUCAUAUGGGUGAUCUGCAUUUAAUGAAGUUGAACGAUGGUGACAACGGUAUCAUGGCUCAGGCUCCUCUAUGGGUGGCCUUAGCUGUGGUGCAGUCAUAUAGUUCAAGACGUAAGGUUCCAAGGAGCAAUAUCUCUACAGAUGAUCUGGAAAAAUGCCUUUCAAAGGCCUCCGCAUCUGCUUCUCAAAAUUCUGCAUCUAUUCAUAUGCCAAGGAUUGGUUAUCAAGAUGGAUCUCAGCGAUCAGAAUGGUAUACAAUCGAGCGCCUCCUGCGUAAAUAUGCCUCAAUAUUUGGCAUUAGCAUCUUUGUUUAUUAUUAUCGGCGAACUCAACAAUGAGAGAAACGAGAUGACACCAGUCGUGUGUGCAUAAGAUGUCGCUACCCUUGCUUAGUGCAAGUAACUAGUUUUCAUAUUUUUCUUCUCAGACUUUGAAUGAUUUUUACAAAAUUUACAUAUGAAUUAAAGCUAAUAGAUGGUGUAGAAGAAACACCAAUGUUACCUCUUAUGUAUCGUUCUGAAGGUGCUGCUAAAGGCCAUCAAACUGGAUUUUGAAAAUUUGAAGCUCUCCUGUUUGACUCUAUAAUUAGAGUUUGAAUGGUUUUUAUUCUCUUUUA